AGGGCAUACUACGGAAGUGGUUAAGGAGUUGACAGUCCUAUUGAAUUCUAGCGUCCUUGAUUGAGGCUGCCUUCAAGCUGAUCUACGCUCAGAAGAGGGGAAGUUGACGACUGGUUGAAUGGCGCUUACCGGACUGCUGCUGCUGGAGUUGGCUCUUUACGCCAGCUGCUUCGUUUGCGGAAUCAUCACCGCUGUGUGCCUCACAAUAGUCCAGGGUAAUUUUGGAGGAUUGUGCAUGCUGUAUGGACUGGUCAGCUACAACACAACAGCGGAGGCCAUCGGGGUGCAGGUGUCCAGCUCGGCGUCCCUGUGCUACUUUGUGUCGGCCAUUUCUGUCAUAGUGGCCGUGGUGUGCUUCUCGCUGUCCAUUUACUGGCUCUACUCGUUCUGCAUCGACAGAGACAUCAGGAGGGAGCGCAUGUGGAUGAAUUUGACUCUGGUCAUGUGCGGCAUCUUCCUCUUCUUCCUGCUCAUCACGGGCUGCAUGCUCAAGAUCGGACGUGAUACACUUUGUGACUCGCUGACGCACACCGUUCCCCAAAUCACCAGCUGUGAGGAGACCCAGAUGAGGAAAUGGGUCAGUCCGCUGAGAGGGGAAAGGUUCUACAACAGUCUACAAAAAGCAGAGACAGCCGUGUGGGUCAACUUUUUCUUCUGGCUCAUCAUUGGCGUGCUGGUCCUGGUUCAGAGGCGCCACAACGCGGGUGCAAAGUCUUUUGCGGGAGGCUUAGGCGGGUCGGCCGGCGGCCUUUUCAGUGACCCGGGGGUGACUGCUGCUGAGACAGAACCCUUUUUCAACCGUCCUGCGAGGCCACAGUGAGGAAGCACGUAAAAGAAGCAAUGCUCAAAAAGCAGCCUGCACUGAGUGAUACAUUUGCAAAUGCUUUACUAAAGAAUCACAUGCACUGCUUUGAAUAUAUUUACAUAACACCAUUUUUGUCAAUAUAAUGUAUUUAUCAUCACGUAUAUCUUCAUUUGUAUUUAUGAAUUCACUCAAGACACAUCGAUUAUCUGACUACACCCACACCAGCAUGAUUUGAUACUACAGUAGUUUGAAGCGCUGCUUAUAAAAGAACACUUGAUCAAAGUGUUGAACUGUUGAACUCUGUCGCCCUCUGUUGGUGAAAAUUGCAUAAAGUUCUUGUUGGUAUGGUGCGAAUGUUUGUUGCAAAUGUAGCAGCUUAAGUUUGUUUUACUCAUGCGGUUGUUAGCAUUUUAAACAGCUUAAUGCACACAUUUUGUAUGUCUGAACUUAAAAGGGGACCUGUUGUGCUUUUUUCUGACCUAUUAAUGUGGUUACAAUGUUGUAUUCCCGUGUUAAAUGAUGCCAACGCGUCAGAUAAUGAGGUUUGUGCAUUUGGAAGUGAGACCUGAAAGCAGUUUUGGAUGGCUCCGCACGCUGUGUAUUACAGAGUUUUUUGUUUUUACACCGAGUGCCCCUGACGUCAACGAAACCAUUUGUUCCUUAUAUGGGCGUGGGAUUUUCCCUAUAAUGAAAGCCGGUAAUAAACAUAAUGCUGUAUAUAGGCCUAA